GUUUGCCUAAUUGUCGACGAAGCUUCACUGUGCAAUCCUGUCAACUACUGUUGCAGCAUGUUAUACAUAUUGAAAGCUAGUUGACGUAUGAGCACGCUCGCUCCUUAGGAGGGUUGCUGUGGCGCGAUCUUUAUAUAAAAUUAACUGGGUCACCGGGGCCAAGCCACUUGGAGUAUGAGCAGUUCCAGCAUUGCACAAGCCGGUGGUGUUGCGCCACGUAGCAUCGGUGAGGCAGCCGAAAGCCAGCCUAGUGGCGCCAACACAACAAUACAUCAUCAACUAUGCGCACAAGACUCCCAGAAGCUCCACCAACAUUGCCAGACUCAGGAUGAGGCUCCGACAUCUCCGCUUGGACUGCUGGAACGCCUGCCUACUGACCUGCUGGCUAGCCAUAUCUGGCCGCGCCUCGCACGAGCUGAUAAGAAGCGUCUGCGGCAGACCAGUAGGGGCAUGGCGCGCUACACGGCCUCCGAAGUCAUGACCCAUCUACAGGUCCUGGUCUGCCGUGCCUCCCUGCUCUCCCUCACCUCCUCCUCCACCCGCCUGCACCACCGCUUCCCCUCACCCACCACCCUCGUGCUGCGACUGCUGCCGCCGCACCCGCCACCGCACGCACCGGCAGCCCCCUCCUCCUCCGCCUCCGCAGCCUUCUCCUCUCUAGCAGCAGCCCUCUCACCUGCAGCAGCAGCAACAGGCGGGGAUGCCUGUGGUGGCGGUCCAAGAGGUGGAGGUAGUGGGAGUCAAGCAGCAUCAGUCGGAGGGGGAGGUGGAGGAACAGCAGGAACACAGCAGGAGUGGAACAUGCUGGUGAUGCCGGCGGCAGCACCGCCCCUGCCGGAGGGGUGGUACGGCAGUACGGCAGUAAUGUCGUACUUCCUCUCCGAGCUGGGCGUGGCUGCCAGCGUGACAUCACUGUCGCUGCAGGGCUGGCAGGAGCUCUCCCCCCGCGACCUGCACCACGUGGCCGCCUGCUACCCGCGACUCACCCGGCUGCAUCUGGCGGGGGCGG